UAUUACAUAAAUAAAAUUAAAAUGCAAAAAUUCGAAGAAUUAAAAAUAGCAAUUACUGGGGCUGGUAUUACUAAAUAUAUUGAAAUAUAGUUAUCCUUUUUUAGGAUCUGGUUAAGUAUUUGGAUCAACUUAGAAAUUCUCAUUGUAACAAUUGGAAUUACCUGAGAAAUUACAAGAAUUAGAAGGAAUUAAAAUGCAAAUAUAAGACUGUGCAUUUCCUCUAUUGAA